AUGGCUACUCCGCAGCCGCAGACAAGCACCGUCGUGAUUUCAACAGUGGCUCAAACUCUACCGAUGACCACACCGUUAGUUGGAUCUACGUCUAGGAUCCCAACACCAACGAGACUCUUCGGCCAACCGGCAGCGACGAUGCCGCCAACGCCAAAGGUGAACCUUUUCGGCAGACUACUUAAAGCUAUCACGCCCGGCUCACUUACUCGUUCUGCAUCCGUGCCGCAUAUUCCUUUGAAUGCCGGCGCGUCAAAUGCUUCCGUGACAACUAGCAUAACGAAUCAGACGUUUUCAACACCGUCGUCUACUAGUGUCACAGCACAGCCAGUCAUGACAAGUCAACCCACGUCAACGGUUUACAACAUCGUUACUCCGCCAACGUCAGUCUCUCAGGUUCCUGUAUCGAUUAUUCCACCGACUACGACUACGACACCGGUAACCGCUCCGAUUUCCACGUCAGCAGUUCCUCACGCUCCUGCAACGACUGUACAACCGUUCAUCCCGCCGACGUCAACAUCAGUUGCCGCUCCAGUCUCUUCAUCAGCGGCUUAUCCGUUCACGCCAUUGACUACCGCCACCAUCUACGCUCCCACGACCAGUUAUGUGACGCAUGUUCCAGUGUCGGUCCCGUUGCCGCCCAGGUCCUCAGCUUCGGUCCCAUUUCCGCCCGGAUCUUCAGCUUCGGUUCCGUUCCAGCAUGGAUCUUCAGCUUCGGUUCCGUUUCCGCCUGGUUCUUCAGCGAGCACUUCGUCGUUGUUUUCAUCGUGGAGGAACACUGGUCAACCGAAUUUCUUUGGGCCAACGCAGCCGACUCAACCACCGUCCGUUCCACCGGCCCAACCACCGUCCGUUCCGCCGUCUCAACCACCGUCCGUCCCACCGGCUCAACCACCGUCCGUUCCGCCGACUCAACCACCGUCUUUCACGCCAGCGUCUAGCACUAGCCACGCUUGGCCCCCAAAUCCGCCGCCGACCACUUCAAUUCAGAUGAGCUCGGUCCCGAAUAUUUCAAUUCCGACAAGUGCAACGCAAGUCACCUCCGCACCGCCUUACAGCACUAGUCAUGUGCCGGUCAGCCUAGGUCCGUCGUACGGUCCGGGUUUGUCCGCCUACAAUCCGAUUGCGUCUUCAUCUCCAUUUGGAAUGGGUUCAAUUUACGGGCCGGCCAUCACGGCCGCCUUACCGACUUCAUCGUUAUUCACACCGUUAACCGGCUUUGGACAUGUCCCGACGUCCUUUCCGAGCAUCUCGGCACCACCCUUCGCGCCGACGAAUCUGACAUUCGCGUCCGGUUUUCCUGGACCUUCCGCUCCUCCACCGACGACCGACAACCCGCAUGGAGUUUACACGCCGGAUGCAUGGAUCCACAACCUCGGUACCGCACACGCUGCGCCAAGUCGUUCCAGCAUCAAACCACCUCGAAUGAAAGCGCCAAGCUUCGACGGAGAUCCUCGGAAUUGGCCAAUGUUUAUCCAAAUGUUUAAGGUCUUCGUUCACGAUGCCGUAAGCUCCGACGCGGAGCGCAUCGCUCAUCUUCACGACGCCCUUACUCCAUCGAUCAGGAAGGACAUUGGUGGAGCGCUGUUGAAUCCCGGACUUUAUCAACACGCUCUCAACGAGCUCCAUAAACGAUAUGGCAAUCCGCAAAUCGUCUCUCAAGCCUGCACCGAAUCAAUUCUUAAACUCAGUCCCUUUAAGGACAAUGAUUUCAGCGCCCUUCGAGCUUUCUCCGCCGAUCUUCAUUCCGUCGUAGCGACUCUGCGACUCGGAGGAUACGGCAUGGAGCUGUACAGCCACGCUACACUCUCGCAGCUGGUUUCGAAGCUCCCACCGGCACUGAAAAGUCGAUGGGGUGAAAAGAGUUGGUCGAUGCAACCGACACUCGCAACCGUUGAAGAUUUGGAUCAAUGGCUCGACGGAGUCGCCAUGGCUGAACGAUCCAUCCAAGCCAGUUCGAUCGAAACUCCUCAACAAAGAUCCGCGAAACCAACGGACGAGAAGCGUCGUGUGCUGCACCGACCAAACGUAUUCAACAACACCGUGACUCAUGAUGAAUCUGAUGCCAACGACAAAACGCCAAGAUGCCCGGGAUGCAACAGCACGCAUCAACAUAAUAUUAUAGACUGCAGAAAAUUCAACGAAAUCACGGUGAAGGAAAGAGCGCAAAUCGUCAAGGACGCUAAUCUGUGCCUCCGCUGUUUGGGCGACGAUCAUCUCAGCAGAGGAUGCACCCGCGUGGAACGUUGCUCGCAGCCUUUAUGCGAUGGCGUCCAUCAUCCGCUUCUGCAUGGAGCUCCACGACUCUUUUCUAAACCAGCGAGCGCGAAACCACCCGUGGAAUUCUCCGGUUACCGAUCGUCCCGGUGAUUCUCAAAGCGAACGGAAAGGAAU